GCCCGCUCAUUGCUUGCCUCCAGUCUCCAGAGAACGCGAUUUGUUCUGUUGUUCGGUCCCCAAUCUUCGCCUCCGCUCCGCCCGCCCCGACCCAGAUCAGGAGCUGAGAGAUGGACGCCAACAGGCGCCAAGGUGGGAUUCAGCAGUUGCUGGCUGCGGAGCAGGAGGCUCAGCAAAUUGUGAAUGCGGCUAGAGCUGCUAAGUCAGCAAGGCUUAGGCAAGCGAAAGAGGAGGCAGAGAGGGAAAUAGCCGAAUACCGUGCCCAGAUGGAGGCUGAGUUCCAGAGGAAGGUCGCAGAGAGCAGUGGUGACUCUGGUGCGAACGUCAAGCGUCUCGAGGAAGAGACAACGGCGAAAAUCGAACAGCUCAACCAGCAGGCUGCAAGCAUCUCCCCAGAUGUCAUUCAGAUGCUUCUGAGGCAUGUCACCACCGUGAAGAACUGAGAAGUGCUGCUCCCAAACUAUGCUCAUCGGUCUAUUUAUUUUUGUCAGAGCAGGUGAGGAAUAAUAAUAUGGCCCUUGUACCAGUAAUUCUUUUUUUAACUACGGAAUAAGCCGCAGCAGCUUUAGCGGCAACCGUGACUGUUACUACCAGAACUUGCCAUUAUUUGGUAUAAUCGGCAAAUUAAAUAAUAUUGUUUUAUAUUGGAUUUUUGAA